AUGGAGGCGUCAAAAGGCACCGCCUCUACCAAAAGUGGACUGUCCGCGCCCGCGGAAGCCCGGGCGCCCGCAUCUCCCUCGAAUGCGGGGCGAGAACAGCAGGAGAGUUCCCCAGAACCCGGUGCAUUUUUUGUCAAGGACUUGCAGCCGCUGAGAAAGCGAGUCCUGGAGAAGCUUCACGUGCUGCCAGUGGGUCACAAGGCGGCUGACCGGGUCGUUCUGGCUACGCUUAAGACGUUGAUGGCCGACGGCGUCUUUUUGAGGCAGUACAUGGCAUUUGAAGUGCCGGUUGCUGAAGCAGAUGCCUCUUCUUCGAAAGAAGAGCAAGACGGAGAAGCUGUGCCUGCGCAGGAGGGCGAGCUUCCACAGGUGGAUGGGGGACGAGUUCGUUCGUCGCCAGCUUCGUGCACAUACAUCGUCGUCGACUGCUGCCCCAAGUCAGGAUAUAUCGAUGCGGAUAGUCUGAUCUUCCUCGCGGGGCAGCCGCUGCAGCCUCUGCGUCGCGUCCAGCUGCUGGCUCUCGUCCACCCCAACUCCUCGUACGCGCGGCGCGCGGGUAUCCACUCUUACCAGCAGCUCUUUGAUCAGGCGCCGUCGUUCCCUUCCGUGGAUCGACAGGAGCCGUGCAUCGAAGAUUUUGUGCAUGCCUGCUCACUGUCUCCCUCACGCAGGGCUUCAGCUGGGGAGGGGGAGCCGAGCGGUGCGUCCAGUCGCCUCCUGUCGCCUUUCACCCCGGCCUACUACGACAGCCCGCGAAGGUCGGCGGACGAAGAGUUCUUCGGCUUUACAGACAUCAUCGAUGACCUAGAGAGCAUUAGCAGCAGCACAAGCACAAGCGACGAGGAGGCCGGAGGAGGGCUGGCUUCCGCACGGGGAGAAGAGAAGGGACCCGUCGACUCUGGCAGCUGUAAAGGCGUGCCCCGUGGGUUGCCUGCGCGGCGGCGAGCCACGGUGCCGCACGCGGCGUCGCGCGGAGAUACGAUGAUGGGCUCCGGAGAAGAGCCACGCGAGGCUAGUGGAGGCCGUCUACACGCCGGAAACGCCCGCUGCGCUAGUGGGGAGCGCGGGCGACCUGCCGAAAGACGGAAUGCGCAGGCAACAGAUGCAAGGCCUGCGAGUCCAGGCAGCAGCGCCGACAGCGGGUUCAGGCCGACGGAGAGCGGCGGCAGUCAUUCUACUGCGGCGUCGAGCGCCGGCGACUGUCCAGAACCGGAUUCCGGAGGCAGCUGUUCGAGUGUGGGUGCCGGCGUCACUCCAGAGGCGGGUCCGCAGGGGCCGGGGGCCCAGUCGAUUUCUAGGCCCGCUCGUGACCGCAGGACGCUCGAGUCCGUGGCCGAACGGCGCCGUCGUCAUCGCCAACUGUUUCAGCAACACUCGCGGUUCUUCGAGAGUGAAUCCUCGCCGCUGAGCUGCCGAAGUCUCGGUCGGGUGCCGAACGCCAUUCGCGUGCGGCUUCGAGAACGGGCGGCGGGGGUUGACCCUAGCUCCGGGGAACGCAGCAGCGGCGUCUAUCGCGCGGGCAAGCGGCUGGAGAAACUGGACGGGGAGACGCUCUUCCGUGAAUUCGUUGGGCCGUACCUACGGUCCCGCAUGCAUCGCAGCAUGGACGGCCGCAACACGUGUGAAUCUGCGUCGACAGUCGUUCUGUAUCCGGGAAAGAAACUGGUCAUCGGCGACCUCACCUUCGUCGUCUGGGCGACGGACCCGCGGAAUAACCCCGGGUUCGUCGACAAAAACACAUCCGUUUACAUUUCACUGGACCCCUUCGGCGAGUUCAAGCGCGUUCACUUUGUGCCAUUCUCCGAUACGCUGCCGACGACGUACCGUUUCGAUUUCUACGAAGACUACUUGAAGCCGUUCCUUCUGGAAAACACCUGGCGGAAUUUCACCCGCGGAGACGUCUAUUCCUACAGAGGCGUCGAGUUUAAGCUCAUCGCAACAGAGCCGUCGUCCUGCACCAUCGCCCGCGUAGGGCCGGAGACCAUCGUGUAUUACCAAGGAACCGUCGAGCCGUCUAUCAUGGACCUGAUCCCGCCGGAUACUCUGCAGCGCAUUCGCCGCCUGCCCGUGCGGUUGCAGCCGUUUGCGAUUAUCUCGGCGGCUCAAACUCUGGAUCCGCAGGUGCUCAUGCGCGUGAUUCCGGCGGCGUCGAUUCGCGGGUCGCGCCAGGGCAUCAAUGAGCAGAUGACAGACGUGCUGCGGGAGAAGCUGGUGCAUCCGUUCUCGUUCGUUGACUAUCUCCGCGCGUUCCCAGAUCUGUGUGAGCACCGCACUGCCUCAGUCACUCCAAACGCGGAUGAUAGCGCGCCGACUGAACAAGCUGACCCGACGCGUGCGGCGGAUCUGUGCUCCGACUCAGGCGCGAAACUGCAGGCGAAAGCCGCGGCGUCGCGCCAGGAUGACGCUGCAGCUGCCAGCGCCAGCAGCGGGCCACCAUCUGAAGCGACAGAGGGGGGAAGAGGUGGCAGCGAAGAGAAACGCGAAGUUGCUGCCGUGGCGGGCGGCUCGGAAGUUUCGGCGGCGGCUGAUCUUCCGCAGGCGGCUGGACGAAAGACAGCCACCGAAGCCAGGCGGGGGUCUGGAGAGGGAGAGAUGCGCGAGAUCUAUGGCGGCGGCUCCGGCUCAGUGCUGAGCGACGGGUCCCGGCCCGUCACGGCGACCGCAGGGGGGGACGCCGAGCGGCCCCGGUCAUCGGAUUCGCAGCCGAGCUUGUGCGUAGAGGCCUUUGAGAGACCAAGCUGCACUGUGUGCACUUUGACUCUCGAGGAAGGCGACCUGAGUAUCGUCCUGCCCUGCGGCCAUGUGUUCCACUGGCAGUGCGCACACGCCUGGUUGCGAUGCAACAGCACCUGUCCCAACUGCCGCGCAGAUAUCAAUGUGCUGUUGCAGCCAGGCAACGGACACAGAGGCGAGUCUUUGCGUCACUCCCGGAUCCAAAGAAGCGCGAGUGAUUUUCUCCCCCGAGAUAGACAAGACGACGGCAGAAACGGGUGGCCCCGGAGGAACACAGAAGGCGACCAGGACAACAGAACACGUGGUAUCGGCAAUGCUGUCCGUGGUUGGUUCCGGAGCAUUCUUUCGUGA